AACAUAUAAGGUAAUCAGUUCCCACCCCUUUCCUUUUAAACAAAUUCACAAAGAUUGUGUCGGUGAAUUUGGAUUUUCUCUCUUUCUCCCUGUUAGCCAAAAGAAAAGAAAAAAAGAAAAAGAAAAAGAAAAGAAAAAUCCUCUCAAAGAAUUAUUAUCAACGUGUAUCCUCCCCCCUGGUUCUUCUCCAAGAAACCCCUCAAAAUAUUGCCUCUCUGCUCUCAUCCCAAUCCCAACGCUUUAUUUCUUCCAUGAAAAUUGUUCAACAAUUCGAACCUUGAAUAAGUUUUUUUUUAUCGUUUUAUUUUUUUGAGAUGGAAAGUGGAGUAGACAAGGAUAUGGCAACAAGAAAGAGAGGAGGGAUAGAAAGUGAGAGGCAAUACAAGGGGAUAAGGAUGAGGAAGUGGGGAAAAUGGGUGGCUGAGAUAAGAGAGCCCAACAAAAGGUCAAGGAUUUGGCUUGGUUCCUACUCAACACCAGUAGCGGCGGCUCGUGCUUAUGACACCGCCGUUUUUUAUUUGAGAGGGCCAUCGGCGAGGCUCAAUUUUCCUGAAGUUUUGGCUGCAGAGGGUUUUGGCGGCGGUGGAUCAUGCGGGGGCAUGUCAGCUGCUUCUAUAAGGAAAAGAGCAACUGAGGUUGGAGCUCAUGUUGACGCUAUCGAGACAGCGUUAAACCACCACCACCACCACCACCUUCAUCAUGAUGACCGUCAAAGAAACAGUAAUAAUAGUAGCAGUAGUAAUGAUAAUAAUGAAACGGUCGUUGAUAGUAGAGAGUUGAAGCCACGGCCGGUUGACUUGAAUAAGGUGCCUGACCCAGAGGAUUCCGAUGGAGAUGAGUGGAAGAGGAGUUAACCACCGGUAGUGGUACGGUGGGAAGGUACUGUUAUAUGGCUGAUCAAAAUCAUGAAGCCUUCUAUGUUGGAUUAAUCAAUUUUAAAGUUAGUAGUAGUAUUUUACUUACUACUCAAGUAGUUCAUGUUUUCCACUUGUUAAAUUUAGCUAGGGUUUUUUAAUUGAUUAAACCUUUUUCUUCUUCUUCUAUUAUGGUAAUUAAGCAAAUUUUGGUAAAUGUAAAUUACUUGGUUUAUGGAUCAUAAUUAAGGAUGUUUUAUGUUCCAAUUA